GAAGCAAGCAUUGAUUCUUUUUUGUUCAAUUUCAGAUCUCAUAUUUGCAGAGCCAAUUUUAUCCUGUUCAUCGCAACAUUUCUAAGUGAAUGCUUAUGUUUGUCCCAGUUAGUGUUUUAUGAAGAACAAAGAACCUGGAAUGAAGCCUACACAAUUUGUGAGAAAAAUGGUGGACUGCCGAUGUCGAUAGAUUCACAGGAGAAAUACGAUCUGUUAGACACUUUUUCCAAUGAAAGACCCUGGAACUCGGUGAAAAAAUUAGAUAAAAAAAAGGUUUGGAUUGGUCUUCAUUACACUGACUCAGCAGGUACUAAGUUAGCUUGGGCGGAUUGUUCCUCGGUAUCCUGGACAAAAUGGCAUCCUAGUCAACCCAAAAGCACAAGUACUAAUAAGUGUGUAUACCUCAAAACUAUUGCCUCCAAUUUCUGGACGGACGUAUGCAGUAGCCAGCUAUAUUUUAUAUGUGAAAAUCUUGACUCGAGUUCAUGUACGACUUCCCUUAGAUCCUGCUAUGAAGCAACAAUCGGCGUAACAGGACAAUCAGUGGACAGCAAUACCAAUAACAAUCCACGUUCAAGCUGUUACGACAGUGAACUCACAACAUCAACAAAUACUGAUUCCACCUCUCCGAAAUCAGUAACAAGUGCACUCACAACAUUAACAAAAACUGAUUCCACCUCUCCGAACUCAGUAACGAGUGCACUCACAACAUCAACAAAAACUGAUUCCACCUCUCCGAACUCAGUAACGAGUGCACUCACAACAUCAACAAAAACUGAUUCCACCUCUCCGAACUCAGUAACGAGUGCACUCACAACAUCAACAAAAACUGAUUCCACCUCUCCGAACUCAGUAACGAGUGCACUCACAACAUCAACAAAAACUGAUUCCACCUCUCCGAACUCAGUAACGAGUGCACUCACAGCAUCAACAAAAACUGAUUCAACCUCUCCGAACUCAGUAACGAGUGCACUCACACUAAGUACACAUUCGGCAACAUACAACUUACCCCAGACCAUGUCCUCCUUUACUAUAUAUUCCGAAACUAAAGCAGACUCCACAACAUCAUCAACAUACUAUACAACUAGUUCUGUAGGAGAAUGUUCCUGUAAAUGCAUGGAUGAUGGAGCCAAUAUGACAGAAACUGUGCUUCAGAGCAAGAUAGAAGCCAGAAAAAAGUACCUAACGGUUGAUAAGCAAUCUCUUUCGAGCACGAUCCGCAAGAAAGAGAGUGCUGAGGAUCCUCGACCAAGUGCCAAAGGAAUCGGUACUGUGGGUGUGGUUUUCAUUGUAUUCAUUAUUGGAGGAAUAGUUAUACCAGAUCUUUAUAGUUUGUAUGUACAUGUAUGUAUGCAUAUCUUCAAAGCAAAACAGUAUUCAAAAACUAAUGAUAAAUUACAAGCAAACAACGAAUGUAUAGAACAGAACGACAUGGUUUAGAAAGCAGUAAUGAAUAAUUGGAAUGUAUAAAGAGCUGUGUUCUAGGAACAGGCUUGACGCCUCCGUGUGAAGUGAU